AAACGACAGCUCCAAAAUGCGACAACACCAACGAAAUGUCUCUAAAGAAACCUGACACCAGAGAAACGAUGGCUCCAAAAUGCGACAACACCAAUGAACAACAACUCCAAAGAGACACGGCACCAGAGAAACAAUAG